GGAGAUGGAAUUAAGUAGGCGGCAAAGUGGAUACUUCCGAAGCCCAAAAACAGGUCGGGUAUUAUCCACUUUCAGGCCGCCGGAUGAUCCGCCAUCCAUUCUCGUCCCGCCAUAUCUGGCUGCUGUGAGGGAACUAGUAAGGGGAAAAUGGUGAGGAAGAGGUUGCUGAUGCUGUUGAAGCCAUUUGAUGUGUAUCCUUCUCAUGAGCCGUCUCUCUCCAUCUCUUCUUCUUCCUCCUCCACCAACCGCCAUAAGGUAUUAAGAUAUUUAUAUGACAGGACAUUGGCUCACAAAAAUGCCAUUAACUUCUGCCAGAAUAUUUUGAAGAAAAAAGUUGUUGACUGGAAAACUGUUUUUCGUUUUGAUCUAUCUGAGCCAAUCCGUGAUGUAGAUCUGGUCGUUACAGUUGGAGGUGAUGGCACUCUGUUACAAGCAAGCCAUUUGAUGGAUGAUUCAAUUCCAGUGCUAGGAGUGAAUUCUGAUCCCACUCGGCCAGAAGAGGUGGCAGAAUUAAGUGAGGAAUUUGAUGCAACUAGGAGCACUGGCUAUCUCUGUGCCGCCACUGCCAAUAAUUUUGAACAGAUGAUAGAUGGCAUCCUUGAAAAUCGCUCUGAACCAUCUGAGUUAGCAAGGAUGGCUGUUAGUGUCAACUCGAAGCUGAUCUCAACUGCUGCACUAAAUGAUGUUCUAUUGGCACAUCCAUGUCCUGCAACGGUUUCUCGGUUCUCAUUCAGGAUCAAGAAAAUUGGGGAGCCUCUAUCUUCUUUACUUCACUGUCGAUCAAGUGGCCUCAGAGUCUCAACGGCUGCUGGAUCAACAGCUGCAAUGCUUUCAGCCGGUGGAUCUGCAAUGCCCAUCUUGUCCAAGGAGCUCCAAUACAUGGUAAGGGAGCCCAUUUCUCCAGGGGCUACGUCACACUUAAUGCAUGGGACCGUGAAGUCGUAUGAGACAAUGGAUAUCGGAUGGUUUUGUAGAGAGGGGCUCCUAUAUAUUGAUGGUUCUCAUGUAGUUCAUUCUGUUCAGCUUGGAGAUACAAUAGAACUAUCUUCAGGGGCUCCACCAUUGAAAGUGUACUUGUCGCCCCACUUGUUGUCACAUUAUGAAUGACUGAAAGGGCGCCUGCUUCGUGGUCCUGGGUGUUUGCCCUAGAACCUUUCUCAGUGGCAAAGAGCAACCAGCAACUGAUUUGAGGGCAACAAAUAUAUGAUAUAGCUGUCUCGUAUUUUCACUUGGAAAUGCAGUAUUCUCUUUGCAAUUUACAAUGAAACAACAAGAAAUUCAUUGAAUCUUCUUUCUACUAUUGCUGGCCAAUUUUACCAUGUACAAGGUUAAUAGUAAAUCUACUGAUUCACACAAUGUUAUGAUUUUUUAGCCCUGAAAUCAAGUGUGCCAUUGAUGUUCCGCAUA